UCUCACCAUGUUGUUGUCUGUGCUGCUCCUGUUGAUAUGUCUCUGCUUUUUGUUGGUUCAGUUCAGCUCUCGACGGCCCAAAAACUUCCCUCCUGGACCCAUUGCUCUGCCAUUUUUGGGGAAUGCACUCAACCUGGCUGUGGACAAUCCUUUGGGCUACCUUGAAAUGCUGAGGAGGACUUACGGGAAUGUCUACAGCCUGUACAUAGGGCCCAGAGUUGCUGUGGUGGUGAGUGGGACCCAGGCUCUGAAGGAGGCUCUGGUUAACAAGGCCGUGGACUUUGCUGGACGACCUCAGGACUUGUUCAUGAAUGACAUCACAGAGAGAAGAGGUGUUAUUUUUGUUGAUUAUUGUCCUGCCUGGAAAGAGCAUCGUCGCUUUGCUUUGAUGACCAUGAGAAACUUUGGUUUGGGCAAACAGUCGAUGGAGGAGAGGAUUCUGGGAGAACUACAGUACACCAUCGAAAAACUGGAGAAAAGCACAGUGUUCAUUGACUUAAAGAUGUAUGACACUAGAGUGGACACAUCGUUUUGUCCAGACGAGCUGUUGAUGUCAUGUAUCAAUCUUCACACAGCAGGAAGUGACACCUCGUCUAACACACUGCUCAGUGGAUUCCUCUAUCUAAUGACCAAGCCUCACAUCCAGGAGCGCUGUCAGCAAGAGAUAGACCGAGUGCUAGAAGGAAAGGACUGUGUCACUUUUGAAGAUAGACACAACAUGCCUUAUGUUCAGGCUGUGUUGCAUGAGAUCCAGAGAAUGGGAGACACUGUCCCUCUGAGUGUCUUUCAUGAGACCACCAGAGACACAGAGUUGAUGGGCUACUCCAUUCCCAAGGGCAUCACAAUCAUCCCCAACUUGUCAUCAGCACUCAACGAGGAGGGACAGUGGAAGUUUCCUCAUGAAUUCAACCCUGAAAACUUUCUCAACGACAAGGGGGAGUUUGUCAAACCAGACGCCUUCCUGCCCUUCUCUGCUGGUCCACGAGUAUGUCCUGGUGAAAGCCUGGCCCGUAUGGAGCUCUUUCUCAUUAUGGUGACUCUUCUAAGGAGAUUUCGGUUUAUUUGGCCUGAGGACGCAGGAGAGCUUGACUAUGAACUAGAGUUUGGGAUCACUUCGAUGCCUAAACCUUAUAACAUGAAGGUGGAACUGAGGGCUGCACAGUGAUGAGUUUGUGUAUUAGUGGUUUACUAUGUGUAGCCGCUAUUAU